AUGGACAGUAGCGAGCCUGUAGCCGCGAAAGAGCACUGCAUAGUCGUGUCAUCGAGACAGCGCGGCAACCCCUUAAUAAAACACCUAACAAACGUCACUUGGGUGGAAGGAGAGACACAAUACGAUUACAAGGUGACUGAUGCCAUCCAGGUACUCUUUUUAUCGCUAAAGUACCACCGGAUGCACCGAGGAUAUAUAGUAGCAAGACUGAAACACCUGAGAUCACACAAAGUCAAGAACCCAUUCAUAAUAUGCCAGGUAGAUAUACCGGACCCGCAGGAUACCAUCGAGGAACUUACAGUCAUUACUUUUACCCUAGGAUAUAGGAUAUUGCUCAGCUGGAGCGCACGUCAAAGUGCUGCCCUAUUGGAAAUACUUAGGAUAGACGGGAGGAAGGGACUGGAAUUUCUAAACAGGAAAGAAAUUAAGUCGCAUAUGCGGGAAGUGCAAGAGGUCAUAUCAUCUGUCAGACGUGUAAAUAAUACUGAUGCUGCAGAGAUAGUGAGACGAUCCUACAGCUUCAAACAACUCAUACAUGCAAAAUCAAGCCAGUUCGAAGAAAUACCAGGGCUAGGGAAACGCAAGAUACAAGCCCUAUUAUCGGCUUUCAACGACAGCUUCUUCUAA